ACUGUAGAAACUGACACAAAUGCCCUUCUUUUCCCUCCCCCAACAAAGCUUCUUCCUUUGUUGUCCAAAACUCUUGUCCAAAUUCCCCAAAACCCUGCUCUUUCUCUGCCCCAAAAUGUCUACAAACCCCAAUUCCCACCAAAAUUACCCAACACCUCUAUCACCUCCCUUGCCAUCAAUCUCAAAAGACAUAGAGCUUGCCAGAGCCAUGACAGCUUCUUCAAAAUCAAGCCUUUUUGAACUCUCAAGAAGUGAUAUUCUAUAUGAAGAUGAGUGGCUCAUUGCUGUCAACAAGCCUCAAGGGAUUUAUUGUGACAGCGUUCUUGCCUCUAUUCCUCGGUUUCUUUCUGACUCGACCGUGUCGGAUCGACUCAGCGAUGGGAACCAGGCCAGCCCAUUUGAGCUUCAUCUGGCCAAUCGACUUGAUCGUGACACAAGUGGUAUCAUGGUUAUAACCAAGUCACACAAAGUAGCUGCUGCGCUUGUCAAAGCAUUUACUAAUCACAUGGUUCAUAAAACAUAUGUUGCUUUCUGCAUUGGUUCAGCUCCAAAAUCAGAAAGAAUUACCAUCAAAUCAGGUCAUGGUCGAUCAAAGUUUGGAGCAUGGCGCGUGUAUGCUGCAGGAGACGUAGGCCGAAAACUACCAGGUGGGUCCAUAGUGAGGGACAUGGGAACUACAUUUGAAGUAUUAUCAAUCAAUGGAGAGCAGAGCUACAAGGAGCCAUCUGAAUCUGUGAAAGAUGAAGAAACUAGUGUUAUAGUUGAAGAAAAAGCUGUUAUAGAUGUUGAUGCAAAGAAAGAUGAGAUUUUGGUCAGAGCAUUUCCUCGAAGUGGAAGAACGCAUCAAAUUCGAUUGCAUUGCCAAUAUCUUGGGAUUCCUAUCAGAGGUGAUGUGAAAUACGAGGGCGUCUAUGAGUGGAAAGGGAGAAGAUAUGAUGCCCAUGAGCUUCAUGCAGAGAGCUUAUCAUUUCAGCAUCCAGUUACUGGUUUCCCUGUCAUGAUUCAAGCACCUCUGCCUUUGUGGGCUAGCCAAGCACUGCAGCCCUUAACAGAUUAAACAGCAUCCUCUAUAUUCAUUCUGGAAAUUUUGUUCUUUUGAAGAUCCCCAAGAAUGCGAUAAGGUGCUCUGAGGAUAUUGACAUGUCAUGCAUUUUGCAUGUAAGAACUGUUAUACUAAUGUUUAUGGGGCACAUCAUUGUAGCUGAUUCAUUCCAUAUGGGCAUUAACUCUACUUUUGUAUUGCUAGGUUGUGCUAUUUGUAGGGUUCUGCAAUUCAACAUGAUUGCCAAUUUGCCAAGCAUCGUAAGCCUCAAUUUUGAGCAAAACCUCCAUCAGGUGUUUUUUCGGCCUUUGCCUCAACUUAGCUCUCUGACUGUACUGUUAUGUGUAUACAAGACUUCAUUAUUUAAAGUUGGUAUUUAUCAUUAUCAACUUCAGUUUCUGUUUUUUUUUUUUUUGAGAAAUAAUAUUGCAGGAAAGCCAAUUGGCUUCAUUUACGUGUAAAGAUCCCAAUCCUGUGGAUGAUUUUGGAGGCAGCAAAACCUGAAUUUAUGUAUGGUGACUCUCAUAAACCUCUAGAAUGUUGGCAAUGGCUGAAUUUAAAUAUGUUUUUCUAAUAAAUGGAAACACUAUUAAUUUGUGUAAUUGCUAUGCUUCUUUUCGUUUCUUUUCUAUGUCAUUUUAUUCACUGUGAUGAACCAGAAACUAGUGUUGGGCUUUGAUGUAGCUGUAGCAAACAUAUCUUCAGGAAGCGCUUGAUAUGACUGCUACAGCCAACAUAUAUAGAAGUUGCAGGUUCUGUAAAAUUUCUUAUCUUAAAUACAUGAAGGAUGAAGAUGGUUGAUCAACUCAAUAAAGAAACAGAGGGAAAGAGAAAAGAAAGGUAGGGAAGAAAAGGGGAAAAAUUAACUAAGUAGCGUGCAGAUUUGUAAAAAGGACAUGGUCAAUAUGGUAAAGAAACUUCUUGUGUGAUAUGUUGUUUGUUGUUCUCAAAUAUUUCUUCCUUGUUAUUGUUAUUAUUGUUUGACAGUGAUCUCAGAAUAACCUGAUUGGACAUACAGCAUGGUAUACCUUGGUUGCUUUUAAGAAUCUGAAAUUUUUAAUACUAGUUUGUUUACCAUGUCCUUGUCAGAACAGUAAGAUCUCAAUUGAAGUAACAAAUUGAACUGUGUCAAACCGUGGACUUCCCCAUGGUGUGUUGAUAUUCAAGGGACUUUUCCUGAAGAUGCAAAACAGGUAAAGAUUGUAGCUAGUCAUCAUUUGCAAAUGAUAAACGGAAGUGGUAUUUGCAUGGACCAAUAUUUAUACUUGAAAAUGAUGGAAAAGAUUCCAGGGUAAAUAGAUCUGCCCAUGGUAUUAUCUUGUCUUGUAAGCAAGCACUAUCAAGCAAACAACUUCCCUGGGGAAAAAAAGAAGAAAAAGAAAAAACAAGCCCACUUGUGUCAUGUUACAUGGCUUGUAUCUGUGAAAAGGAAAGAAGGAACUCAGCAAAGAAAAAAGAUUGGUUUGGUUAUCUUGAAGAGUUGGGAACUGCAGAAAAUCUAUAGAUUUCUACCAGAAAUUUCGAGUGCAUGAAAUAUGUUCAGGUUUCACAUUGAA